UCAUUUUUUAAACGUACACGGUAAACCAAACCAUGCUUUUAGAAUUUAGUAUUUAGUUGUACUAGAAUUUUGAUGUACAAUUUUUUUAUUUUCUUACAAGUUGUAAAGUAAACGCCAAACAACUCUAAGCCACAGUGAACUAUGGCCGAGUACGUCCAAAAAAGAAAAGAAGACCUCAUUGUCGAAAUACCACUUCUUGAAUAUUUCUUCAAAAAGUCUUCAGUCAAGCGUCUAAUACAACAAAGAGAAAAAUUUGAAUACAGACUGCUUCGUCGUAACAAACAAAAAUCGGACUUCACGCAGUAUAUAACAUUUUUGGAAUCCAUCAUAAAAAAAGUUCAAAAAAUUGGAUCAGAAAAUACACAAUCACUGAAACUCAUCGAACACCAUACAAAUCGUAUAACUAAUCUUUAUUACACGGCACUUAAAUAUUUCAACAAUGACUUGUCCCUUUGGAAGACGUAUCUAAAAUUCUUAGUUAAAUAUAAACUAUUCAGGUUAUUACGAUCUACACUCGACCGUGCUUUAUUAUUACAUGGUCACAUCUCCGACGAAAUUUAUAUCUUUGCCGUGAAGCAAGAGUUUGUAGACAUGAAGAGCAUACAAAAAGCCAGGGAAUUGUAUACAACGGGUUUGCGCUUGCAUAAAAAAUCAUCUGGAUUAUAUUUUGAAGCCUUUAAAAUCGAACUUGCAUUUGCCAAUAUUUUGGCUAAAUCAUUGAAGAAGAAAGGACAAGAGUUUCAAUCAAACGAUCCGUGUUUGGAUGGAUCUAUAGCCAGAGCAGUUUUUAAAUCUGCCGUUGACAAUAUAAAAGAAGAUUCUAGUCUUUUUUUCAAAAUGUUCAAAGAAAGCGAAACAUACACAUUUGCAUUGCAACUGACACAAGAGAUUAAAUUGUUCAUGCAAACAACAUUUAGUUCGGAUCCGAUUUAUUGGCAUACUCUUGCCAUUGACGAGCUAAAUAAAUCUAACAAAAUCGAAAAAUUAAGAAUCAAGAAUUGCUUAGAUAGAUAUGACGAAGCUUUAUCUGUUGUCGACACAGAUGAAAUGUGGGACAUGUAUUUAACUACCCUAUUGAGAAUAGCUUCAGACGCUUCCAAAACCGAGGACUACAAAAAACUUUUACUCCAACACUCUAUGGCCAACGCUCAUAAAAAAAACAAAUUGAAACCAACACAUUACGUUCAAUGGGCUAACAAAUCUCUGCCGUCCAUCACAGACGAGAUUUUGGAUUGCGCUCUCGAGAAAUACCCGAACGACCGUAGCAUUUUAGAGCAGAAAGUGAAACAUACCAUUAAAACUGACAAAACUGGUGCUUACGAGCUGUUCAAACAAAAAUUGGAUUGUAUGUCUCCCACUGUAUGGAUAACAGUUGUUGAACAAUUUUUGGACGAUCCCAAAGCGAAAGAUAUAUUUGAAAUGGCAUUUGGAGACAACUCUGUUUGUGUCGAUGAAGCAAAACAAAAAUUAGGAAAUUGCUAUUUGCGCUGGCUAAACAGAAACGUAUCCCUUGAUUGUGCUCGCAGUUCAUACCAAAAAUCCGUAAUGAGUAGUUGGCGAGAUGUGAGUUUCUGUAAGACAAUUGUUGGCAUUGAAAUUGAACAAGACAAGGUGGACGUAUUAAAAACUAGACAGCAUUUUACGGUGGCUUGUAUGCAAUUUGGCAAAACGAAUAUAGAUCUAUGGAUGGAUAGAAUAUUUUUCGAACUCAAAUUCGGUUCGCCGAGAACGGUAUCAAGUGUUUACCACGAAGCACUUACUACUCUAAAUAAUGAAGAAUCCGAUAAGUUUGUCGAAUUGUAUACACUGAAGAUGUCACAAGGACAUCAUUCUACAUUUUAAAGUACUGUUCUUGUGUUAACUCUAUUAUUAUUAAAAUCAUGUUUAUUUUUUA